UAUUACACACCGUUUAGCCUUCCACCAGCAGCGAUGGAAAAACAAAGUUUAGCUGCGCGGCGGAGAUAGAAAUCAGCCAUUCUUCGUGUACAAAACGCGAAGCGAGUUUAAGGUGUCGUGGUUACGAUGACUUUUAUAAGCUGUCCCGGUGAGGGGCUGGUGAAAAAGCCACAGCUGUGAGGCGCGUACGCGGUUCAAUUUGCGGGAUUAGUUUGCUCGCAGCCUGACAGCGGAGGCUGACUGCGGUGGGAUGGGCUGUGAGGUAUUCAAGAUGGCGGCGCCCUGUGGAGUGAAUCUACUCUAACAGAGGUGCCUGGAGACUGUGUUGGUGGGCGGCCCCCAGGAGUCCUCCAGGCAAGCCGGGACUGACACUGUGAGAGAAAAGCAGCCUCCACCUCCAGCACUGCCACCAUCGCCACCAUGGCCAGGGAGCAGCCCAACGUCGGGGAUCUCCUCCCGCUCUUGGAGACUUCUGACCUCCAACAGCUAGAAGAGAUCCGAAGCCUUAUCAACGAACAGCUCAGCACUGAGCGAGGCUCCAUGCUGCUGAACGGGUUGGUGGAUUACUUUCUGGAAACCAACUCCGCCCAGGCCUUGCAUAUCCUUUCUUCAGUCAGAGAACCACAUGAUAAGCACCUUCUAGACAAGAUGAACGACUGUAUGGCCAAACCAGCUUGCCGGCUGCCCAUCCUCAUGUUGCUCGGUCAUGUUGUUCGCAAGCAGCCGUCCUGGAUCCACAAGAUCGCUCGUUACCCUCUGUUACUCUCUCUGCUGAAAUGCCUCAAGACGGAUACAGAUGUAGUAGUACUUAUCACUGGAGUGCUGGUGCUGAUCACCCUGCUUCCCAUGAUCCCUCAAGCCGGGAAGCAACACCUGUGGGAGUAUUUUGAUAUCUUCGGCCGUCUGGCAUCGUGGAACCUCAAGAAUCCAGGCCAUGUUUCCGAGGUUUACCUGAUCCACCUGCACGCCAGCGUCUACUCCCUCUUCCACAGGCUCUAUGGGAUGUAUCCAUGUAACUUCGUGUCCUACCUUCGCUCCCAUUACAGCAUGAAGGAGAACAUGGAAACCUUUGAGGAGGUGGUGAAGCCAAUGCUUGAACAUGUUCGCAUACAUCCUGAGCUGGUGACGGGAACCAAGGACCAUGAGCUCGACCCGACUAGGUGGAGAAAGUAUGAAAUCCAUGAUAUCGUCAUUGAAUGUGCCAAAGUGUCCCUAGACCCAAAGGAGGCGUCCUGUGAGGAGGGCUACGCCACCAUGCCUGAGAACUUCUACCCCCAAACCCACCUGCGGCCCCAAGACUCUACUUCAAGCCCCUACACAGACCUGCACAGCAGCUAUGGAAGCUCUUCUUCGACCCCGUUCUCGACCCCGCGGCAGCCACUCCCCCCGCCCCUGUCCUUGCCACCCCUCUCAGGGACACAGUCCUCCUCGUCCUACCGCAGCCCACAGACCUCCAGACGGCAGAACUCAAACAGUGAACUGAACUCUUCCUGUGGGGGAAAGGACCCUCUGUGGAGUCCCUCCUCGCUGUGCGGCAUGGCCACGCCCCCUUCCUCAAGGGGCAUGUCGCCCAACCUGGAGCUCUCCCACAGUGCCUCACACCUUACCAGCCGCUUCCACUGCACAUCAGGAGGAAAAGGAACGCCUGCCUCCAGCACUCCAGCCACCUCAUCCCCACCUCCCACUAUGUCAGAUGACUUCCCUGUAAUCUCCUUACCAGCCAACACGGUCCAGUCCAGUCCUCCGAGAAAAGAUCGUCGACAAGGAGAAACCAGCAAGCCUGGACUGGUGAGACAGGAGCAAGUCAGAGAGACGGAGAAGUGUGGAGAUGCAGCGACACACAGAGACGCAGGAAGUGCAGCGAAUGUCUCCAUGACACUGACGGAGCUGUCGGUUUUCCUGAAGAAGCAGGAGCUGGACCUUCAGCUGAGAACGGAGAAGGAAAGAGAAGAAGCUGCCAUCACAGAGGAACUGAUGAAAAUCACUGAAGAUAAGCAGGAUUUCCCAGGGCUCAGGGGCUAUGACUCUCCUUUCUUUGAUACCACCGAGACCCUGACAGGCCGCCAGACACAAAACCAGAUGCCCUCCACCAACGCCCACCCAGGAGGACCCGUCAGAGAAGCCCGUUACGCUGCAUCGACACCGGACAGAGCUGAAAACACCGCAAGCAGUAGCAGCGGCGUUGGUAGUGAAAGAGUAGCAGCAGCAGGUGUGGAAAGCCGGAGCUCCACCAUCGAGCAGUCCUGGUCCUUUCAGUCCGGUUUCACCCCUAUCGAUCACCACCUGCACAGGAGCCUCUCGGCCCCCGACGAUGAGAUACCCAAGUUCGAGAUGUUCUCGCCAAGCCCAUGCACUAAGACAGUGGCACCAGUCCCCUACGAGUCGUUGUUUGCCCUGGCCCUGCCAAGGGCUGCCUCGCUGUUUGUGGGCCAAAAAACAUCCGAGGCAGUCCAAAAGGCAGCAGUGGAGAGGCUGCUGCAGCAGGAGGAGGGUCUGGAGGACGGGGACGAGGAAGGGGUGGUGUCAGCUUCACCACUGGAGGUGCUGGAUCGCCUUGUUCAGCAGGGGAGUGAUGCCCAUGAUAAAGUUCUCAAGAGAUUACCUUUGCCAAGUAAGUCAGCUGACUGGACACACUUUGGAGGCUCGGCUCCUAUGGAGGAGCUCCAGACGCUGCGCAGCCAGCUGCUCCUGCAGCACAACCAGCUGCUGUACGAGCGCUACAAGAGGGAGCAGCACGCCAUCCGUAACCGACGCCUCCUCCGACGUAUCAUCAACGCCACCGCGCUGGAGGAGCAGAACAACGCCAUGAAGGAUCAGCUGAACCUGCAGAGCGUGGACAUCACGUCUCUGAGGGACAGCCUGCAGGUGGAGCAGCAGCGGUACCGGCAGCUGUGGGAAGACCGCGAGACGGUGGUGACCAGGCUGCACAGUCAGAUCCGACAGUUGCAGCAGAACCGGGACGAUUACUAUACCAAGAACCAGGAGCUUCAGAGUAAGUUACAGGAGUGUCAGAAGAGGAUGGAUGACCUGGAGGCGGCGCUUCAGAGGGCCAACAACAGAGUCUGCCACACAGGGCACCUUCUCAACCAGAUGACUGUCAAGCUGAGCAACAGCGAGAGCACCCAGCAGCAGAUGAGCUUCCUGAACAAGCAGCUGCUGCUCCUGGGGGAGGCACAUAAGCUGUCAAUGCAGGAAUCCCAGCAUGCAGGGACAAGUAACACAAAGGAGAACCAGAUGCUGCAGAUCGCCCACAUGAAAGAAAUGGACACACUGAGGCAGAGUCUGCUGGCUCAGGGGCAGAAACUGGAGGCGGCGCAGCAGAGAGUGGCCGAGCUGGAGACCCACCUGUCCAAGAAGGAGCACCUCAUCGCGGAGCAGAAGAAGUUCCUGGAGGAUGUGAAAUGCCAAGCGAAGGCGGAGCUGCAGGCUUCAGACAGCAGGUUUCAGGCUCAAAGGAGAAUCACUCAGCUGCUGCAGACCGAGCUCCUGCAGCUCUACAGCCGAGUGGAGAUGGAGACUCCAGCAGCUCCGUCCAGUGCCACCAGCAGCAGUUCACCACCAGAGGGCAGAGCUAAGACACGUACUCAUGCAGACUUCAGUGUCACCGGUGCAGGUGGAGUUCACAUCAACGAGGAGCCGAGAAUCAGAUCACCUCACGAUUCCCCUCGGGGGACCAACGGCAGCACUUUAUCUCCGGGGCAACCAAAGGCGAGCAGCUCUUCCAAGCCCACAGCCAACUCCAUGAACGGAGGCCAGGAUCUGACCCCGCCCCGGCUGAUGGAGCCGUCCCCAUCCUGCCCCCACGCCAACCCGCUUGCCUCCCUGCCGGCCACAGACGCACCGCUUACCGUGGGCUCGUACCCCAGCGCCAAGAGCUUCCUGGGCAUGAAGGCGCGCGAGCUGUUCCGCAACAAGAGUGAGAGCCAGUGCGACGAUGAACAGCCGCCACCACGCCUCGCCGGCCUCGCCCACAGCUUGAAAACUGAGCUGUGUGUGGAGCCGAGUUUACCCCACGCCGCUCCCGUCACUGUGCACGUCAAGGAGCUGCCGUCUGAGCCCAGACUGCGACCCCCCGGCCAGGGUAGCCCCCGCAGGAAGCCGGGGCCGGGCGGUGGCAGGGGCCUGGCGGGGUCAGGUCGCCCUCCGCAGCAGCCGCUUAAGAUCAUGGACUACAGUGAAACGCAUCACGAGCACAGUUAAAGACGCAGAACUGAGCUGGGGCGGAGGACAGACUGAGAGACUAAAACCGAACCAUGGAGAAAAGCUACACAUCAGCAGAAGAGUCAAAUGUCUGCAACCUUCUGGCAUUCAGUGUUAUUUGUCCUCUGAGUGGACAACAGGAUUUCUCUGCUUCACUUUUCCUUGUUUCUUUUCAAUAAAAAAAGCAUUCCCGUAAAAAAUCUGUAAAACAUGCAGAACAUUUGUGUAGUAAAAUGCUGAAAUACAACCAGGAAAAGCUUAGUUACCGGGAAUAACUUAAGGAAUUCUUAAAUUUCCUUGAAGAAAGCUCAGGUUGGAUUUAUCAUUUUAAAAAAAAAUAAUGAAGUAACUAAAAAAUCUGAAAUGAAAUCUGCCUUUUGUUUUUAAAAAUCACAGUUCCUGAUCCGACUCUCCGGAGGAAACUGGUCUCUCAUUUCAGAGAUCGCGAUUAUCUCCAUGACGACAACUUUUGAGCUUCCCUGAGGAGUUCUGUCUGAAGGUUUUCCGAAUGUUGACUCUUCUGGCUUUGUCAGACUUGGCUCUGAAGAUGUAGGAGUGUUAAUGAGCUGAUCUGAAACAUUUCCAUGCUAGCUUUAAUUGUCAGGAAGAAAAUGUUGCCAAAAUAUCCUGAGAGCAAGCUGAAUGUACAAACCUAUAUCCCACUUUUCCUGGAUUCAGUUGUUUUGUUUUAUACUCCCUGGUACACAACAUUUCUACAUUCUUCCACAUAUACAAUAAUGUCAAUUCCAAACAUCAGGUCCAAUGGGUUUCCUGCAUUUAUUUGAGUUUUAACUGAUUAUGAAAGUUGCAUAAAGCCUGUUGUCCACUGGGAUCUCCUGCUGUCAUUUCCUUCUGCCUCGCUAUCUAAAGCAUGUUCAACAAUCCUCUUUAAAUGCCAACUGUAGAAAGUCCAGGAAACCCCAAACAGAAGGUACAAUCAGCACAACCAGGACUCUGAGCAGAGCUGGAGAAAUAACCUGGGACAAAACGACAAAAAAAAAGGAAGUUCAUAAAGCAGUGGCUUGUGUUUAACUGUGAACAAUAAAGAUCGUCUUCAAUGUUUUGCACUACAA